AUGGCGACCUGUAACCGCCUCGGCAUACCCACUCUCUGCGUACACUUGGGCUCAGACGUUGCUGCGACCGAUGAGCGGGUCGUCGUUGCUCGCGUCGCUCGCGCUUUAGGAGAAUUGCUGGCAAGCAUACCCCGCGUAACUCUGGCGCUGGAGAACAUGAUCCGCGCCUCGGUCUGCCGCCAACCAUGGUCACUUCGUACCCUCUCACGCAUCCUCGACGCGGUCGAUUCGCCGCGCCUGAAAGUCUGCGUCGACGUAUGUCACGCAUAUAUUGCCGAAUUUGACCUGGCUGGUGAUGGGCUGGGAGACAUGAUGAGCGUGCUUGCGAGAGAGGUGGGAUGGCACCGCGUCGCAGGCGUACAUGUCAGCGACAGCGCGACUGCACAUGGGAGUAAAUGUGAGGGACAUGCCAAUAUUGGCGACGGCCUAAUACCGCUUAACGCGUUCCGCUCAGUCUUGCGCUCUCCACUCCUAGGCAGCGUGCCAUAUUACCUCGAGACGCCGGCGUAUAGUCCCGCGCGGCCAGCAUAUUACCCCGCCAUUGGGGGAUGGGAGGCGCGCCGAAGAGUUGCCGAGUGGGACUUUUUGGAGCGGUUGGUGUGUAUGUCCUCCCACGAGUGGGGGGUGCGCGAAAAGGACGAGGUGGCGAUGUAUAGGCGCGAGAGGGAGCGGUGCGAGAUGGCCAUUCGGAAUCUCCUCAGGGGAGAGAUGUGGGCUGUCGUAGACCGCGGCGCGGGCAUCCAGGAGGCGUUCAGAGAGAUGAGGCAGCAGGGGAGAGCACGCGCCGCAAAGAUUAGAUGGGUGCGUCAGAAGCGCGACGGAGAUGGAGAAGAGGAGCAGGAGAAGACGCCGACCAAGCGCCGCCACUCGGACUACUAUGCUGGUCUUGAGGCAGCCGCAUCCUCGCCCUCGUCAUUCACAUCACUGGGCGGAUACACUUUGCGCCGUCGCAUCAAGGCUGAGUCUUGA